AAUAUAAAAUUAUUACAAGAACAUAGUUACAAAAAAAUAUUUUAUACGUUAUCACUUUAAUAUAAUAAUAUUUGAAUAAUGUUUGAACCGAUAGUUUUAAAAAAAAAACAAUUUCGAACUCUUGCUGGAACUCCGGCUGGUAGAGCAUUUAUAAUUACAAGUUUAACGAAAAUUCUUGUUCCUCUUGCAGGUCUUUUAUUGUUAAGUAUAUAUAAGAAGAUAAAAUAUAAUAUAUAUUAUUUUUUAAAAAAUGAAUGAAGAAAAUAAAACUUUAUAUGAUACAUCUAUAACUGAAAAUGAUAGUAUAUUAGAUUUUAAAAGUCCAAAACAAUUUUCUAAAACAAAAUUAACUGAAUUUAAUAAUUUCAAUGGACAUCAAAAGAAAAAGACAAAUAUAAAAUUUAAAAAUUUUAUCAAAAGCCAAAGAGACAACAAAAAAAAAAAAGAACAAGAAAAGAAAAGAAAUUUGCAUGAAUCACAAUCUUUAGAAUCAUCAUUUUUUAAAUUUGAAAAUAAUUGUGAUAAUAAAAAUUCUAAUAAUGAUGUAAAAGUGGCUCUAGUAUGUCCUUUAUGUUUUAAAACGUUUAAGGAUCUUAAUUCUCGUGCAUUACAUAUGAAAAUUUGUGCAUAUAAAAAUAAUAUUUCUACAAAGAAGUUAUUAGAUGCUAUAGAGCUUCAAAAACGUCAAGAAGAUGAAAGAAAAUCAUUAGGUUUGCUUGUUGCACCUAUAGUACAAGAUAAAAAAAAAUCAAUGUCAUAUAGAGUUUCAUACGAAGAAACUGAUUUUCAACUUGCCUUAGCAUUAUCAAAAUCUCUUCAAGAAGCAGAAGAACUUGAUAAAAUAAAUGAAAUUGAAAAAUUACCUAAAGUAUUAAAUCAAUUUAUAUUAGAAGCAAAUAAAUCUGAAAGUCAGUUGGAAAAAUUUGGAUUUAUAAACAGCAAACCUCCAUCAUUAAUAAAAAAUAAAAAGAGAAAGAAUAAUGAAAUAACUUUACUUCAAACACGUUCUGAAAAAGAAAGAAAUCAUAUUUUAACUGAAAGAAUCUCUGAAAUUUUAAUGGGAGAUGAACUAAUUACUCAAAAUCAGAAAGAAAAAAUUAAAUGUAAUUAUAUAAUUGAAAAAAAAACUGAUUUAAAAAGUCAUUUACUUCAAGAACUUCUUAAUAAGGAAGAAAAAUUAUGGAAUAAAGCAAAAUUGCCUCUAAAUCAAAACAAUUUUUAUGUAUCAAAUUUAUCGCAAUAUAUAACUUCAGAAGAAAAACAAAGAGAAGAAGAAAUGAUUUUAGAUUUUGCAAAUACAUGUGAUGUAUAUAAUCAUGUGAAAUCAAAUCAAAAUCCUACUGAAUUUUGUAAUAAUGAAAAAAUAUAUGAAAUGUCACAUAAAAAAAUACAUUGUGUAAAUGAAAAAUGCGAAAAUUGUCAAAAUAUGCAAUUUAUUAAUACAGUAAUAACAAAUUGGAGUGAUUCAUUAAAUGAUAGUUCUGCAAGUGAUAUAAUAAUAUUUGUUAAAAAUGAUAAACAUAUUUGGGCACAUAAAUUAGUUCUACAUAUUCAGUGUUCAAAUAUGCUACUUGAUAUUACAUCUAAUGAUACUUUAUUAUUUACUAAUAUUAAAGAAAAAAUUUCUUGGACAGAUGUAUCUUAUAAUAUUGCUUUAGCAUUUUUAGAAUUUAUUUAUUGUGGUAUUAUAGAAAAGUAUUCAAAUAUUUUAAAUGAUUUAAAGAACUAUCCUUUUUUAAGAGAUUUAGCAAGAAAGUAUAAAGUAAAAGAAUUAUUUGUUUUUUUAGAAAAAAGACAAAUUAAAAUAAAAAGUCAAAUGGACAGUAAAGAGCAAGAAUGUAUUUCUAAAAAAAAAGAUAAUUUAAAAUUAACUAAUGAUGAAAUAUUAAAUUUAAUCAAUGAAAUUAAAGAUCACAAAUUUAAUGAUGAUAAAAAAUUAAAUAAGAAAUGUUUAGAAAAAUACAUUAUAGAUAAAUCAAAAUUUGAAAUUAAAUUAAAGAAUGAUAAGUGUACAGAUGAAUUAUCGAAAAAAAUAGUUAAUUGUUUAAAUGAUACAAAUGCAAUUCAGAAUUCUAACAUGUCUCCUGAUUUAUUUGAUGAUACAAUACAAACUAAAAAAAUAAAAAAUAAAAAAGCAAGAUAUGUUAAUAAAAUUAUAGAUAGUGAGAAAACAAAAAAUAAUGAAAAUUCUAGUAUAUUUGAUUCAGUUAAUCAACUAUUCAUCAAUACUAUCAAUUCUUCUACAUCUGAAAAUAUUGAAAUGUCUAAAAAUACUAAAGGAAAUAUAAACUUAUUGCCAAAUAUCCAGUGUUUUAGUACUCCAAAUAAUAAUAAUUGUAAUAUACAAAAAUUGAAAAGUAAUCUUAGUUUAUUUAUUGAACAAAUUCAAAGAGAAAAUGCAGAUCUUGAUGUAGACUCUGAAGAUUCAAUAUUAUCAACAAAUUACAAAAUAUGUAGAAAUCCAUUUAAUAUAAGACAGAAUAAUUCUUCUGAAUAUUGUAUAUCUCAAAUAAACACUAUUACAGAAAAAAAAUAUAAAACAAAAAAAGAUAUUUUGAUUGAUAUAUCAGAUUAUGAUAAAAAUUCAAAAGUAGAUAUAAAAAUACAUGAAAAAGAUGAUGCAAAUAUGUCUUCUAAUCAUGAAUUGGUAGAUAAUAUGAUAAAUUCAUCAGAAUCUAGUAUAGAAAAAUAUAAAAAUAAUUCAUUGAAUGAAAAUAUAAAUAAUGUAUGUAAUCUUGAAAAUGAAAAAAUAUAUUUCAUAUCUAAAGAUUCAUUAAAGAUUCAAGAAAAUAUGAAAAAUUCAGAAAAUUUAAAAAAUGAAAAUAAUACAUUUUCAGAUUUUGAUACAAGUGAAAAUGAAAUAUCUAUGUAUUCAAAAUACAAAGAAAAACAUGAAAAUAAUAGUAUAGUAAAAUAUCGGAAUUUUGUAAAGGAAUCUCUAUUAAAAAAUAAUAUAAAAAACAAUGUAAUAUGUGAUAAAUAUGAAGAAAAGAAUAAUAUAGAUAAUGAUAUUUCACUAUCAAAUAUUAAUAAAAAUUCAGAAUUCAAAUUAAAUCAAGAAAAUAAUGUAGAUUUACAAGGAAUUGAAAAAAAUUCGUCAAUAGAAUCAAAUAUAAAUAAAUAUAAUUCAAUUGAAUCCUCUAUAUUAAUAUCUUCUAGUUCUGAAUUAGAUGAUGAAGAUUUAAAUAUAUAUACAUAUGAAAAAAGCAAAAAAAAUAAAAAUAUUCCAUAUACUGAAAAUUCUAAAGACAAUAGCCAAAUUUUUGAAAAUGAUGUUUAUUUAGCAAAUGUUUAUAUUGAUAAUAGUGAUGAUAAUAUCAAUACUUCAUUGUUUGCCAAAGAAAUAAAUCAAUUAGAACAAUUCCAAAACAGAAAAAAAUUAACUACAAAAAAAUGUAAUAGAAAAUUUCAAAAGAAAUCAAGAUCAGAAACAAGUUUAUAUAUUAAUACAAAAGAUAUUAAGAAUAAUAUAAGUUACAAUAAAUCUUACAAUAAUUUUCAAGUCUGCACAUGUAAUCAUAAAAAAGAAACAACUACACAUGAAAUUAUUAGAGAUAGUGUUACACCUCCUCCUAAUUAUAAUGACAUGAAAACAACUGAGCUUCAAGCAGAAUUAAAUAAAUAUGGAUUAAAAAUACAAAAACGAAAAAGAGCUAUAAAAUUAUUAACAUAUAUUUAUGAUGAAUUACAUCCAACAAUUUGUACAUCAAAGAGUGUAGAAUCUAAAGUGGUAAUAAGUACUAGUGAAGAUGAUGAACCUCCAAUGAAAAAAAUAUAUAAUAGAAAAGAUAUUGAUUGCAUUGAUAAUUAUGAUUAUCAAUUAGGGUUAUCUCAAGAAUAUACAAAUAAACAAUUAUCACUAAAUAUAAUUAAUAGAGAAAAAGAAAAACAAUUAGAUGAAUCUGAAUUCAUUUCAAUAAUUGAUAAUACAAAUAUUAAAGAUAUGUUUUUAAAAAUUCUUUCUGUUAAAACAGAAUUACAUAAUAAAAUUUUAAUGUAUGAACCAAUAUGUAUUAAUACUUUAUAUUCUAUGUUAAAAACAGAAGGUUUCAAAUGCAAAAUGAAUACUCUCAUGAACUUUUUAGAUGAACAGUGUAUUACAUUUUAUGUUUAGAAAAUGAAAUAAGAAUAAAAGUAAUAUAUUAUUAAAUGAAAAUAUAUACAUAUUUAUCUAUAUUUGAACAUGUGAACAUUAAAAUAUAUUGAAGUGUAUAUUAAAGAAAUAAAAUUAUUAAAAAAAUA